CUGUCCCUGCCAGUUGAAGACCGGAUCUCCGGAGCGUCAAGGUUACGCCUUUGUCUCAACUGUUUGCGGAAGGGGCACACUUCUCAUCGCUGCAGAGUAGCUCCGUGUCACACUUGAACACAUCCGUCUCCUGCACGCUCCUCCUCAGCUGCUUCUAGCCGCCGUUCGCGAGACGGUAUGGCCCGUAUCGGGGCGCACGCUUGCGCGCACCGUAUCGCAACAAUGCGUCACCUGUCGCCGCGCAGCUGGCAACACUUCUGCUCCUUUGAUGGGCGCUCUGCCUUCUCAGCGCGUAACGCCUGAUUUUCCUUUCCUUAGUGUCGGCGUAGACUUCGCCGGUCCCUUUAUGAUUACGGACAGGCAUGGCAGAGGUUGCAAAAUAACAAAGUGCUAUUUAGCUAUAUUUGUUUGUUUCCGGUACAAAUGUUUGCAUUUAGAGGCAGUAAGCACGCUGUCGACGGAUUCGUUCAUACUUUCACUGCGACGUUUUAUCUCUCGUAGAGGGCGACCUCGCGAAAUAUUCUGCGAUAAUGGACGUAAUUUUGUAGGAGCGGCCAAGGAAAUUAGCGAUUAUCUUACUUCAAACUCAGACACGGUUUGCAAUUUUGCAGCAAAUGAGGGAAUACAAUUUAAAUUCCAACCGGCAUAUGCUCCUCACUUUGGUGGUUUGUGGGAAGCAGGAGUCAAAUCGGCAAAAUUUCACCUCAAUCGUAUAUUAGGUAACGCUCAUUUAACCUAUGAAGAAUUGGCAACUCUCUUUAGUCAGGUAGAAUCUAUCCUUAACAGUCGUCCUUUAUGUCCUUUGUCGUCCUCACCAAACGAUUUCCAACCCUUAACCCCAGGUCACUUCAUCAUCGGCCGCGCGCUCACUUCGUUGCCGUCGCCCCACCUCGCGGAUAUAAACCCAAACCGUUUAGAUAGGUUUCAGAGGCUCGAGGCAUUAAGACAGCACUUCUGGCGGCGCUGGCAAUUGGAAUACGUCGGCGAGCUCCAACAACGGACGAAGUGGCGUGUUCCAGGACGAGCUCUUCAACUGGGUGACCUGGUCCUCAUCAAGGAAGAGAAUACUCCUCCCCUACACUGGCGGCUUGGACGAAUCGCUAAAUUGUUUCCUGGCGCCGACGGGAUUUCGCGAGUGGCCGAAGUUGCCACAGUAACGGGCACUUAUAAACGAGGUGUGAAGUACCUCUGCCCACUGCUGGACGACACUCAUGAAGCCUUGAAGGCUGACGCCUCCAAGGGCCCCCAGGAUGUUGCGGCUCCUACCAACGAAGGGGAAGCGGGGACCGUACACCACUAAACCAGUUGGCCCAUCGGCCGCGCCCCCCGCCGUCUCUAUAGACGCCUAG